CGGGGCUCUUGCUUUUGUCAUCCAGGCUCUGUUGGUGUUAUCUGUGAGGUGCGGGUUCUAGCAGUGCUGCCAACCAAGGAACUGGCACAACAGGUCAUAGAUGAGGCGGACCGGAUGAUUGACGGCAUGCACCAGGAUUGGCUGAGCUAUGUGGUGAAGGAGGUGUACAGAGCACAGGGAAGCCUGGAGCUGGGCUCGCUCUUCAGGAGGGCAGAGCCUGGCCCUGUCACAGCAGCAAGCCUGUGGCAGCCCCACAUGCCCCUCCAGAAGAUGAUGUUCUCAGCCACCCUGACACAGAACCGUGAGAAGCUACAGCAGCAGGGCCUGCACCAGCCUCGCCUCUUCACCUCCGUCCACAGCGAGAAUCAGCGGUCAGGGCAGGGCUUUGAGCCUCACAGGACUGCCUCCGGACAGAUCGCGGAGAAGUUCAACUUCCCCCAGGGACUCGCUAUCCCAAAACAAAUAUGCAGAGUUCACAUGCCAACCUUAAUGAGGUUCAGAGGACUCAAUGUUCCUGAAACUGUGCUCAAAGUAACCGUCCAACCCAGUUCCAGUAGAACAGACUACCUCUGCUCUGUUCAUAGGGGGGAGUGGCGGCGGCUGAGUUCUCAUCUCGUCUGAGUCCCAACGAGAGGAAGAAAACGCUGAAGGAGUUUGAGCAGGGCCAAAUCCAGCUGUUAAUCAGCACAGAUGCCACAGCCAGAGGAAUUGAUGUUGACGGCGUGAAAUGCGGGAUUAACUACGAUGCUCCACAGUUUACCAGGACAUAUGUUCAUCGGAGAAGAAUUUCCUUCAGAUACUGAGGGUUGCUGGCAGCCCUGCUGUGCAGAAACAAUUAAUCAGACUUGAAAACCUGAAGCCACUCAUUCCACAGUAUGAGAAUGCCCUUGAGGAGCUCCAGAGCCGUGUUAAGGCAGCUACUGCACUUGGUUUUUAAAGGCUUCUUGUCAUCACAUCCACUUGGAUGUUAUUGAAAGUCUUCCUGCCUUGGAAGACCACCAAGCAGCUGUUUUGAUGGUCAUCUUUUGGUAUAGUCGGAAGCAGAGUGUCUUCAC